CUGGGCUGUUUCUCUGUAGGUUGAACGAGCAGACUUUAGUCAGAAAGGGAAACAUCACGCUGCGCUUUAUUUAGGAAAAAAUGGAAAACAUUACUCGACGUUUACUGCAGCGGGUCGUCAGACGGUUCCCGAGCCAGACGUUGAGAGCCACGCUGGAUAAGUGGGAGCGUCUGUCGGAGGCCCAGCGGCGGUCUCUGGACCUCUCCAAGACCAAAUGGGCGUUGACGGAGAAACUGCUCUCUAUCUGCGAGGAAAAUGAACUCACAAUCAAACACAUCACAGAGCUGGAAAUGAUGCAUGUCAUUGACAAUCCCAACCAGGGCAUGUGGUAUGCUUUCCAGCUCCUGGAUCCUAAAGAUGACGCUCAUUCUGUUGAUCUGACACAGUUCAAGCAGCAGUUUAAAUGCCAUCUCAGUCAGCUCAUGCGACAUGUCUCGAUCAAAAUAAAGAAGCACACAGACGAAGCCGUAUGGAUCCGGAUUGCAUGGGGAGACGCCUUGAGUCGUCCCGACCACCUCAAGCCAACUUAUGUUGUUUAUUAUCUUCAAAGCUCUCAUGUGUUUAUGACCAGCCUCAAUUCAAAGCUCAAGCCUCUGUUGUCCCAGGCCCUGGUUCUCUCCACCCGGCAUCGAGGUAUGAAGGAUGCCAACCUCAGUGGGAGGAAUCUCACGGCCAUCACAGACCUCCUGAUGAAGCGAUACCAACAAGUUUUUCCCACCAAGUAUCCAACUCCUCUUGCAGAAAAAAAUGAAAUUGAGUCACACCCACAUAUUGAAAGAGAACAGGCUGGGGCUGCAGCAAAGAGACAACAGAUGGCCUGUGAGGCAUUUGGCGGUGGAGUCUUACCUCAGCUACAGUCUGCAGUUUACAAGCUUGAAACAAGAUUCAAAGAUCACACCAACAAGAUCAUGACGGAGCGGGAGGAGCCGUUCAGAUGCGUUGUUAAAUUUUCCAGCGUGAACCUGUUGGAGUCCCUCAGACACUGUGCAUCCUCAGGGAUUGCCUCCACCCCUGUCACACCGCUACUUUCAUCGGUCCCUUUAAAAGGAAGGAACUCUUUUGUGAUCACAGACAACGGCCGUAGUCCCUCCUCACAAACGCAGCAGUCACAGAAGUGAUAGUAGAGCCUCCGUUAAAAGGUCUCUGCAGUGGGAUUAUUUGCUGCCUCUGCUAACCCGAGUCUGUCUACCACUCUGUCAUUGAUCUACUUCUUUUAGUAGUUUGGAAAUGUCGAAGUCAAACUUCCUUCAUGUUGUCUUCAACCUUUCUAAACCUCCAGAGCUAAUCGUGUUAGUGUUGGCUGUUUAUGAAGAGCAAGAUUCUUUUAUAGAUAUAGUGUUAUUGGUUUGUGUUUCACUUUCCCAUAUAUUUAUUAUCCCUUCUUGUUCAGUUUUUAUUUUUCUAAGCUUUACAAAGCUGCACCUUGCAGUCAUAGCUAGGAGUGAAGUAUCAGCUCACACAUUGACGUUGCAUGUGUUUAAUUAAACAUUAAUUUUGCAUCUCUUAUCUGGACAUUAAAACUAAAAGUAUUUGAUUCAGAUUUUACAAGCUUUUUACAAUA